CCCCUGCCCCAUUGAUGUGUUAUUAUUGGGGGGGCUGGAGCAGUAAAAAAAGAAGAAGGAAAAAAAGAGCGGGUCUCGGCUGGGAGAGCCUGGGCGCAGGGCUGACCGGCGUCGGCGGCGAUGGAAGAACUUACGGCGUUCGUCUCCAAGUCUUUUGACCAGAAAGUGAAGGAGAAGAAGGAGGCGAUCACGUACCGGGAGGUACUAGAGAGCGGACCGCUGCGCGGGGCCAAGGAGCCGACUGGCUGCGCCGAGCCCGGCCGGGACGACCGCAGCAGCCCGGCAGUCCGGGCGGCCGGCGGAGGCGGCGGUGGAGGAGGCGGAGGCGGAGGCGGAGGAGGUGCAGGAGGAGGAGCAGGCGGAGGAGCUGGAGGAGGGCGCUCUCCUGUCCGGGAGCUGGACAUGGGCGCCGCAGAGAGAAGCAGGGAGCCGGGCAGCCCGCGGCUCACCGAGGUGUCCCCGGAGCUGAAGGAGCGAAAAGAGGAUGCUAAAGGGAUGGAGGACGAAGGCCAGACCAAAAUCAAGCAGAGGCGAAGUCGGACCAAUUUCACCCUGGAACAACUCAAUGAGCUCGAGCGGCUUUUUGACGAGACCCACUAUCCGGACGCCUUUAUGCGCGAGGAACUGAGCCAGCGGCUGGGGCUGUCCGAGGCUCGAGUGCAGGUUUGGUUUCAAAAUCGAAGAGCUAAAUGUAGAAAACAAGAAAAUCAACUCCAUAAAGGUGUCCUCAUAGGGGCUGCUAGCCAGUUUGAAGCUUGUAGAGUUGCACCCUACGUCAAUGUAGGUGCUUUAAGGAUGCCAUUUCAGCAGGUUCAGGCGCAGCUGCAGCUGGACAGCGCCGUGGCGCACGCGCACCACCACCUGCACCCGCACCUGGCCGCGCACGCGCCCUACAUGAUGUUCCCGGCGCCGCCCUUCGGACUGCCGCUAGCCACGCUAGCCGCGGACUCGGCCUCCGCCGCCUCGGUAGUGGCUGCCGCUGCUGCAGCCAAGACCACCAGCAAGAACUCCAGCAUCGCCGAUCUCAGACUGAAAGCCAAAAAGCACGCGGCAGCCCUGGGUCUGUGACGCCAACGUCAGCGCCAACAUCGCGCCUUCGCGGCGCGCAGCCUGCGCACCCUGUACUCCCCGCUGCUUCUCCGUUAUCCCCUCCGGACCUCCGGAGCCGACGCUCUUUCCGCUCCGCUGACCUCCCUUGCCCUCUUCCACAUUCCGGACUCGGAGGGCGGGAUCCGCGCGGAACUUGGGAUCCCAAGAGGUGUACCCGCUGCGUGGCUCCUUACCACUCACCUAUACAAGGGCCUAGAAUUCAAUGGCUUUGUUGGGGGUGUUGAGGUGGUUUGAGGGAAGUUUGUUGAGACUGGACAGGGAGUGUGGCUCAGAGUAAAGCUCCAACGAUGAACUCUUGCGUAGAAACAAAAAUCCUGUUAAUAAAAAAAUGACCAAAAAAAAAAAAAAGUAGAAAAGACAAGCCAGACAGAAAAAGAGAAAGGGAAUGUAUUAUUGUUAUUGGCGGAAGCUGAAAUCGGAGAGAACCAAGGGACAAAAAAA